AGAACUAACGAAAACUGAGAGAAGAGAAGAGAAGAGAAGAGAGGGCUAGCAAGGAUGGAUCCGGCGCUGACGGAGGUGACGCAGCUCUUCGGCCGCUUCAAAGCCGCCUUCCUUCGUAACGACUUCGGGACCUGCUCCAGUCUCCUCGCUCAGCUGAAGGUCCUAUUGACCAAAUUUCCAAGCCUUCCGCCAUCAUUUCAAAAAACUCCUAACUCUGUUCAAGAGUUGUCAAUAGCAAGAGAAAUAUAUGAGCAUGCUGUAGUUCUUAGUGUGAAGACAGAGGAUCAAGAUGCCUUUGAGAGAGAUUUCUUUCAAUUGAAGCCAUAUUAUACUGAUACAUGUGGUGUGAUACCUCCAUCUCCUCAAGAGUAUCCUAUCUUGGGCCUUAAUCUUUUGAGGCUUCUUGUGCAAAAUAGAAUUGCUGAGUUCCAUACUGAACUAGAGCUGCUUUCAGCUACUGUAUUGGAGAAUCCAUGCAUCAAACAUGCUGUAGAAUUGGAACAAUCAUUCAUGGAAGGGGCUUACAAUCGAGUGCUUAGUGCCAGGCAGACUGUGCCUCAUGAUACCUAUGUUUAUUUCAUGGAUCUUCUUGCAAAAACCGUCAGAGAUGAGAUUGCUGGUUGCAGUGAGAAGGCAUACAAUUAUUUAUCUAUUGCUGAUGCGAAGAAAAUUCUGAUGUUCUCCUCAGAUCAAGAACUUAAUGAAUACAUUACAGAGGAGCAUCCGGAGUGGGAGAUCAAGGACGGGUCCGUGUUCUUUCAGAAGGCGAAAGAAUCGCAACCUUGCAAAGAGAUUCCAUCCCUUCAGCUGAUCAACCAAACACUGAGUUAUGCAAGAGAGUUGGAAAGGAUCGUCUGAAUUUCUGUUGGUUUAAUCAUCAGAGACAUCCUUGAGAACAUGAGUGUUCUGUGGUAAUUUUCAUUUCACUUAUGCCAUUAGACCGAGGACUCACAUGGUUUAGGGCCUUAAUUUUCAAACUCAAUUAGUUUGAUGACAUUUGUUGAACGCUUUUCACAAGGUUUCACAGGUUGUCUUUGUGUUUUUUUUUUCUUCCCCUAAAAACCAGGAACGUGUUGUUUAAUUUCAUUUGUAGCUUAAUCAAACAUUAAACAUUAAAUUA